UCCAUAACCACCGCCACACCAAUUAACCAGCUCGCCGGAAAAUGGAAAACCCACCUACAAAACCCGACGGCGAAACGAACUCCGUCCGACCAAUAAAAAUCUCCGGCCGUUCCCACGGUGACAUAGCCCGCUAUUACUUCCGCCAGGUGAAAGACAGCCUAACCACCAGACUCUCCAAGUUCAUCAUCGCAAUCGUCUUAGGCUUUCUCUUCGUCAUAGCCCUCAUCGCAUUCAUUUUGUGGAUAAGCCUCCGGCCCCACCGCCCCAGAGUCCGGGUCGAGUACUUCUCUUUUCCGGCCCUGGGUAACGGCGCCGGCGCCGGCGCCGGCAGAGAUGCCCAUACUAUUACCUUCAACGUGACGGUGAGAAACUCGAACCAGAAUAUCAAGAUCCACUACGACGCCGUUCUGGUCAAGGUUUCCUACGACGGCCAGACGAUCGGGAACGCUUCUUUCCCGAGACGGUUCUAUCAAGGGGCGAAGAACACGACGGUUUUCGCCGGGUCGAUCACCGGGGCGGCGCUGAAUGCGAGUAGUCAGCACUGGACGCGCCUGGUGGCCGGCGCGUCGCGGGGUUUGGUGGUUUUCGGGCUGGACUUGACGUCGACGAUCUGGUUCAAGGUGGGGUCUUCUUUUAAGUCGAGAAAGCAGAGGAUGCAUACGAACUGUGGGGUCGGGGUUGGGACAGAUGGCAUGCUCGCAGCAGCUUACAAAGACAGGAUUUGCCCUAUGUAUUUUAAUUAGCUAGUGUUGGUGCUAUUUUAUUUUAAAUUUGAAAUUUUUAUUUCGUACAUAUUUUUUUUUUAUAUUAAUUUGUGUCAUAAACAAAAUUAUAUUGGGUAUAUUAUACACAUUGACAUGUACAAGAAGCAAAAUUGUUUCAAUUCUCUCCAUUAUUGAAGUUAUUACAGACCAAAAACUUGG